AUGAUAGUGAAUGCCAACGACUCAACACUUCACCUACCACGAAUCCUCUGUUUACAUGGCGGCGGCACCAACGCCCGCAUCUUUCGCAUGCAAUGCCGAGUUCUCGAACGGAUGCUCCACCCACACUUCCGACUAGUCUUCGCUGAAGCGCCCCUACCAGCACGCCCGGGGCCUGACGUGACCUCCGUAUACAAAGACUACGGUCCAUUCAAGGCAUGGCUACGCGUACGACCCGAAGACCUAGCCCAGAACGCACACGACAUCGUGAGAAAAAUCGAGGAGUCGCUAGCCGCCGCACGACUUGCGGACGACUGUCGAGGCGCGACGGGAGACUGGGUUGGUCUACUUGGUUUCAGUCAGGGGGCUCAUCUUGCCGUUGGCAUCCUUGCGACACAGCAGGAGCUGCGGCGACGGGGUGAAGACGACAAGGUUUGGCCGGCAUACCGAUUCGCCGUGCUGUUGGCGGGACGGGGACCGUUGAGAUGGCUUCGUCCGGAUCUCCCUAUGCCUCGGGGCUUUGUCGAUGCUGGGCAGUGUACCACCGGUGGCGAGCCGUUAGUUGCUGUGGACUUGUUGCAGGAUAAUCGUCUACGAACUCCAACUGUGCAUGUUCAUGGGCAGACGGAUCCUGGGCUGGAAUUACAUCGCAGGCUUCUUUAUCAGAAUUGCGAUACUUGCAUGACAAGACUUGUUGAGUGGGGUGGGAAUCAUCGCGUGCCGAUCAAGGUUCGAGAUGCAGCUUCCGUAGUUGAGCAGAUAUUAUCCGUGGCUCAACAAACGGGCGUGUUAGAUGGGAGUUUGGCCAGGCUGCAUACCCUUUAUGCCAUACAGGGGAAAUAUGAAGUCCCUAGUACCUAUAAAAGUGGGUUAACACUAUUCGGCUUAUUUUACCAUUUGAAUAUCCGGAGGAAGGGUUGUCCGAAAUUUGGCAGGCCCCAAAGAAUGAUAUUCCGCAAAUAUGGUGCGCUAUGGGAGCCCGGGGCUAAAAUGCUCUGUUUUAUAAAACUGCAGUGGUACUAUGUCUGCCAGGAUUUUAAUAUUAAAAUCACUGCUGACCUACAAACACGAAUAAUGAUCGUCCCUACACCUGAUAUAGCCACAACCCCGGAAAUCGCCAUCGUGGGCGGCGGAAUCGUCGGUCUUGUCCUCGCUGCGGGACUCACGCGGAGAGGUGUCCAGGUCAAGCUUUACGAACAAGCCCGUAACUUUCGAGAGAUUGGUGCCGGUAUCGGAUUCACGAAAAACACGGUGGGUUGUAUGGAGAAGAUCAACCCGGCUGUCGUGACGGCUUUGCGCUCUGGAGGAGCUGUCAACGUUUCGCUGGACCAGCAGGAUCCCAAGUCGUAUUUGCGGUGGAUCGAUGGCUACGGCCAGCAACGGGAGGGCGACCCAAUGUACCAAAAGCCGCUCUUGAAGCUUGAUGCUGGCGUCAAAGGAUGGGAGACCGUUCGCAGAGAUCAGUUCUUAGAGGAUCUUGUCAAAGUCAUCCCCGAGGGGGUUGUUCACUUACGGAAGCGACUGGACACGAUUGAGGAUAACGAGGACGUGGACAAGGUCUACCUGAACUUUACUGAUGGAACUAGGGCUGAGGCUGACGCUGUAAUCGCAUGCGACGGAAUCAAGUCCAGAGCACGACAGCUCCUACUCGGUCUGGACAAUCCUGCCUCUUACCCCCAAUACACACACAAGGUCGCCUAUCGCGCGUUAAUCCCCAUGGACAAAGUCGUCGCAGCGAUAGGCGAAUACAAGACCUUCCGCCAGCACAUGCACGUCGGUCCGAACGCACAUCUUAUCCAUUACCCCGUCAACACUAACACAAUCGGAGCCACCGUCGUGGUCUCCGAUCCUAACGACUGGCCACAAGACAAGCCUACGACGGCCCGUGCAUCCCGGAAGGACGUUUUCGAAGCACUGGCCGGCUGGUGUACUCCGGUCCGUAACCUCGUCGAACUGUUCCCGGAAGAGCUAGACCAGUGGGCACUCUUCGACCUGUUCGAAUACCCAGUGCCCAAGUACAACAAGGGAAGAGUCUGCCUGAUGGGUGAUGCUGCGCAUGCGUCGAGUCCCCAUCACGGUGCCGGAGCCUCUUUCGGGAUCGAAGAUGCGCUUUGCAUGUCCACGUUGAUGUCCGAGCUUAUCAUGGAUCUUCGGGAGCAUCGCACAUCCAAGGCGACUGCCUUGCGGACUGCAUUCGAGACAUACGACAAGAUCCUCGACGCGUUUGCGACCUUUUCCAACAACCGGAGUGGGCUAACCCGGCUAAGCGCGUGA